CACUUCUUUAUUAAUUUUUUAAAUAAAGAUAAAUUCAUUAUGGGGACCACCAACAGAGGACACGGGAAUGAUGAUGAUAAUAAUACACCUGACUAGUGAGCCUCACGUUUCCACGCUGUAAAGGUCACCAAAAUAUGCGUUGUUUUUUGCGAAAGAAGCGCUAAAUAAAUCCAAACAAAGAAGAAGAGGGAAAUACAAAUACACAAAAUAUUAAAUAAAAUAAAACAAAUAAAUAAAAAUCCACAAACCCUAGCUAGAAUACUGUCUUUCCCUUUUCGCUUUUACCGAAUUUCAAUAUACUUUCCCUCCCGAGUGUGUUUUCCUCCAUGAAAUGGGAAAUGGAGGUGUAUGAAAUCGAAGCUGUUCUCGAGAAAAUCUGGGAUUUACAUGAUAAGCUCAGCGAUGCUAUUCACUCUGUUUCUCGAGCUCAAUUCCUCAAUUCCGUCAAGUCUCGCACCAAGUCCGACGACUUCUACACUCACCGUUCUAACAAGAAAAACGAUAACAAUGGAGAUCAGGUAAAGGCUGGUUACGUUUUCGUUAAGGAGUUCCGUGUUGAUGAUGAUGAAUCCGCUCUUCAUGAGGCUAAGAGUCUCAACGACAUUCGGACUGCACUCGAACACCUUGAAGACCAGCUCGAGUUCUUCCAUACCGUACAAAAUCAGCAACGUGCAGAGAGGGAUGCUGCACUUGCUCGCUUAGAGCAAAGCCGAAUUGUACUUGCAAUGCGAUUGGCUGAACAUCCGGGUAAGAAAUAUAAAUUCAUUGAAGAAGCUCAAUCUUUGGUGGGAGAUGUUUGUAAUGCCAGUCAGUUUGUUUCUCCUGAAAAUCUUUAUGGUCCUGCUACAAGCGCCCCAGGUGAAAAUUCAACGACGCAGAAGAGGAAGAGAUCAAAUGCUCUAUUCAAUAUAUUCUUUUCUAGUUUUAAUUUCUUUAGGAAGUCUCUUAGAGUGGAUGAAGUGGGUGGAAUUUUGGGGAAUGCAGCCUUGGUUGCAAUCAGCAUGCUGGCACUGAUGCAUCUGCAGCAAGUUGGUAGCAAGGAAAAAUACCUUCUGGACCUCCCAUUAGGACAAGACGUUGACUACAACAGAAAUAUCAGAAAACUCUCUCAGCCCGAUGGAUCAUCUUCCGGUCUAAAUUUGGAUGUGUUGUCAGCCAGGGGCUGAAACGUAAAAUAAAGUCGGUAUGGUGAGAAUUGGGGAGAAAGAGGGUACUGUCUUUUUGGAGUAUAAAUUUAUUUGUCUCUCUGAAAAAAGUUUCAACGUAUUGUAGCCAAAAUUUUACUGAGGUGGGAAAACCAAGUUUCUUAUUGUAGACAGAGUGGUAAAGAAGGGAACAUAUCGACCAAGUAUGUUUUUUCCAUCCAUGAUGUUGUAAAGAGCGACAGCUGCAUUUCUUUGGAACAUAUGAGCAAUUUUAUACUAUAAUCUAUAUGUAUGUUUCAGCGUGAAGUUCAACAAUUUUGAUUACUUGUUGCCAA